CUUUCCCCCUUUCGACAACUUCAUAACCUUACUUCGGCUACGAAGGCACAACCGACGGUCUUCUGCGUCUUGCAUUCGACUUUUUGUAACAGGAUCUUUAGCAAAGCUUGCCGCCGAGAAGAAUACACCUUGUAUAACAUUGAACCAGGCUGUCAAUACCAAAACCAUGUCUGACACCCACGGCCAUUCUCAUGAUGAUCACGACCAUGAUCACGACCAUGAUCAUGACCACUCCCACGGCCACACACACUCAGGCCCAGCCCAUCUCUUUCAAGCAACCUCGUCAAGCGAACAGCCUCCUGACGACUGGCGAGAAAGUGGUGUGCGUGUUAUUCCCGGCGACAGUCUCGAUGGCAAUACGGCUCAGACUCCAGGUAUGAACCGAGCGGCAGCCGUAAACAUGGCACGGGUUGGCGCUCAAAGGCUCUGGGCCGGUACUGUGAAGAUUUACGCCAAUGCGAAGACAGGCGCUCAUCAUCACGGCCACCUCGAAAGUGUGAUCUACGUGGUCAAAGGCAAGGCAAGGAUGCGAUGGGGAGAUCGACUUCAAUUUACGGCGGAGGCUGGGCCGGGAGACUUCAUCUAUGUGCCUCCGUAUGUGCCGCAUCAGGAGAUCAAUGCGAUGAAGGACGAGGAUUUGGAAUGUGUGCUUAUGAGGAGUGACGGGGAGGCCAUCGCGGUGAAUCUGCCUGAUGUUGUGCCUGUUGAAGACCCCGAGGGAGUCAAAUGGAUUGAUCCUACACAUCCGACCGGAGGAGUGUGAUCACAAUUACGUUAUUCGUCAUUUGCAUAUAUUGAGACAUAAAAUGCAUUAUCAUGGCGCACGUGCUUUGUCUCUUUCAAAGCUACGCUGGCCUCAGCUUCCAGGUUGCUUCUCUUUGUCGAGCUCAUCCUCCUGCCUUUUGGGUUGUUGGUCAUCUUUUGGAAGAUUCUUCAGACAUGGUGCAUAGAACAACUUGCCGGACCGAGCUCCCUUGGCCGUUCCUACAGCCACAACGCACCAGAGAAUCACCACAGCCACGCUGAAUAUUGUGCCCAGAACCUUGAAGAACAUACUCGGCAUCUCGACGCCGAAUGUGAUCGUGCUAAUUGCAUAUACGCCCAGCGGAAACGUGAAACCCCACCAACCCAUAUUGAAC